AUGAAGAAGUCUUUUCGCAGCUACGGCAAUGAGCCGGUGGACACUCAGAACAUCGGCAACCUCCUUGGCAGCCGCCCGUGUGUUCGGCAGAGCCGACUGUAUCGUGAGGGCUGCAGCGGCAACGCGAUGAAGGACAUCCUCGGCCAGGGCGAGCUCAAGUGGGACACCACCCGGACCCAGGGCUGCUAUCAAGGGGGCCACGUCUACGACCACAACACCCAGGACAACCUCGCGGUCCAGCAGGAGGCCGCCCCAACCCCCCCGGCCUCCACCGAGGAGGGCGAGAUCGAGGUCGAGGUCGUCCGCCACGACGCCUCCGCCCCAGUGCGGGCGCUCGAAACGAAGGAGGAGGCCAAGCCGGAGGCCCCUCGGGUCUCCGCGAGCACCGGCAGGGGCUUCCGCCCUUGCGCGGGGAUGGCGAACCAGCAGACGUACAAUAUCUUCACGGGGGAAUAG